AUGUCUCGAAUAACAAGAUCAACCAAUAUCAAUGUCACUGAGGAUAAUACUGCAUUCAUUGCGGCCCAAAUUCCACUCCCGUUGACACCUGCUUCAAAUGUAUUGGCUCCUUCAAACACACACAUAUUGAACACCACGGCGGCCCAUGACAGCGAAGACACGAACAUCGCACAACAUAUGAAAAAUCUCAAAGCUGCAUAUCGAAGUGCUCUCGGCAUCACGAAGAAAAGCAAAAAGCACAACAAGUAUAGGACUAAGGGAAAGCAAGAACUUUCGGCAGAGGUAGAACACACCAAAGGCAAUACCCAAGGAAUUGAGAACGUCGAGAAUAUUGUCCUUCCUCUGAGGUCUGUUGAAGCUACUCCAGAUACAGGAUCUGUCCCAGGAAUCAAUGCAGGCCCACUUGAUGGUCGCUCUGCAAUCUCAAUGUCGAAUCCAGAGCCUUCAAUCCUUCGAACUGAUCAAUUGAGAUCCGUACAACUUCCUACCAUGGAACGAGCUGUCUUGCCUCAGCAGCUACCGUUGGGACGAACCACUCGAGGUCAAGUAGCAAGACAACAAGCAGGUCAGUAUGAUGAUGAUGUUUCAUUUGCUAGAACGGCUGAUACUGGAGACCCUUUCUGGAAAUCACCUCAACCCUCCGGUGGUCGUUCGUUUCCUUUCCUCGGUUCCCAAGUACCUUUUGAGAAUGGAAAUCUCAAUUCACUGAGAUUUGAAUAUAAUACUAAUCCCUCUCAUGCUUUAGCGAUGAAAAAAUAUGAUAAGAUAGAGACAAAGGAUGUCGAGUCUCCAACAUCAAAAAGACUCCAACCAAUCUCGAAGGAGAACGACCGUCCAGCUGGUUCUAUUGUUUUCCCUUUCACAAAGCAAAUCAAAACACUGGAGGAAAUCGAAAGAGCUUGUCAGGCUCAAGAAGCAGCAACUCCUACCCGCCAUUCAUCUCAAGCCGACUUUGAAGAGGACUCUUUCAUUGACAUAAUCAUAAGUCGAUCGCCAGCUAAACCAGUGUCUCGUAUUGAAGACUCUUUGGAAGAGCUUGACAAUCUGGAAGAUGCCAUAGAUGCACUCGAUGAAGCUACCCUCGCCGAGAAAUUCGUUGCUUCUUCAACUAAGAAGGUCAAUAUUUCAACUGAAGCUUCCCCUGACAGAGAGUUGAAGGGAUCGCCCCGACGAGGAAUUAUUGAGGAACUUUCUGCCACUGGACUGCGUGUGUGCGUGCGCGGCUCAGUUCUGUUAUCUCCACAGAAACCCAAAUCCACCUACGCAACAAUGCGUGUUAAGCCUACAGCAACCAAGGAGCCGAUCCUUAAGAAGGCCAAGUCUAUGUCUUUCGAAAAUGUGAGACCGGUCGCUAGUCCAGAGAAACAAACAACGAUAUCCCCGAGCAAAGUAUCACGCCCGAUUAGUCUCCUUCCUCCGAAGUCACCAGUCAAAUCUACGAAGCCACCCACUAAACCAUCCUUUGAGCUUCCUGGUGAGGCCAUUGCUAAGCGGUUGAAGGAACAAAGAGAAGCCCGUAUUGCGCAGCGAGAAUCGUCUGAAACAACUGUUGUCAGAAACACUCCAGGAAGAAUCAAGUCCACCAAGCCACUCACCAAAUCCUUUCAAUUCGAACUUCCUGGAGAGGCAUACUCCAAACGUAAGAAGGAGGCACACGAGGCGAAACUCAAGGCUCAGGAGGAAGAGGACCGCAAGAGACGUGAGUUCAAAGCCAGACCCAUGAGCAGAUCUGUUGCUUCUCGUACGCUUCCUCGCGAUACAGCCGCCAGUCGUGCUCGUCAAAGUAAAACUGGUGGUGAAAGCUCGGAUAGCGGCAGUUUUGCUGUCAGUAAGCGUGGCUCCCUUGUUGGUGCUCAUCGUCCAUCUAUUCUCGAUAUGCAGAAAGUCAAUGUGACUGCAUCAUCCCCACGCACCAAAGCUUCACCAGCACCUCUUACGCGCAAAGUAUCCUCUCAUCAUCAUGUACCUCGCCUUGCUAUGCAACGCACUGUCUCGGACUCGGAUCAAGAGAUGCAGCGUCAGCGUGCUAAGGUCAAUAGAGAUUCUAUGUAUACGGCGGAAAUUGAGAGGGAGAAGAGAGAGCGUGAGGCUGCGGCUAAACGUUCGAGGGAUGAGGCUGCGGAGAAUGGUCGUCAGGCUACUCGUGAGUGGGCUGAGAGACAGAAGGCUAAGAAAAAUGUCGAGACAAUGGGUGAGAAAAGCGUGGAAUCUGUCACUAGUCCUGGUCCUCAGUCUCCCGCUUUUCUCUAG